AGGCGUGGUGAACAAAUGAGAGCAUAUGAGAGAAAGCAAGAGAGAGAGAGAGGAAGUUUGUCUUCCUCCUCCAUCACUGGAGGAUCACUUCACCUCUUCAGCAGCCAACUAAUCAAACAGGGCGGAAAUGUAAAAGCUAAGAUGUUGAAUUCUUCGAGUCCAGCCCAGAAGAACCUCAGUGAAGAGGACAGCUCUGGAUCUGAACCGGAGACAGACCGCUUUGGCUUCAUCUUAACCAAUGGUUCCACAGCUGGGAGUUUGGGCCCGCCACCUGAACUGGUCAGGCAGAGGGAGGCCAAGUGGAUAAAGAUCAUUGACCAAUGGGAUCGCAUCUUGUCGAAGAAGAGCAGUAAGGUCAAAGUGCAGUGUCAGAAAGGAAUCCCUGCCUCGCUCAGAGCCAAGUGCUGGCCUCUGCUGUGCGGAGCUGCCAACAGGAUGAAACAGCAUGAAAACCUCUACGAGACUCUGGAUGAGCAGCCGGCUCUGCAGAGCUGGGUGGAUGUGAUUGAGAGAGAUCUGGACCGGCAGUUCCCUUUCCACGAGAUGUUCCAGUCCAAAGACGGACACGGGCAGCGUGGUUUGUUCCGGGUGUUGAAAGCUUACACCCAGUAUCAGCCAGAUGAGGGUUACUGUCAGGCUCAGGGGCCGGUGGCUGCAGUGCUGCUGAUGAACAUGCCUGCUCAGGAGGCCUUCUGGUGUCUGGUUCAGAUCAGUGAGCAAUACCUGCCCGGAUAUUACAGCCCUCUGCUGGAGGGAGUACUGUUCGAUGCGGCCAUGCUGACCUGGGUUUUGAAAAAGACGUGUCCAGCUGCACACAAACAUCUGCAGAACCACGGAGUGGAGCCCCUCAUGUUUGCCACCGACUGGCUGAUGUGUCUGUUCACACGUCACCUUCCAUUCAACACGCUUCUCCGAGUCUGGGACCUCUUCUUCUGCUAUGGUGUCCGGGUGCUGCUACAGGUUGCAGCGGUGCUGGUGCGCCGGGUGUUGGGUCGAGCUGAGCAGAGGAAGCAGUGUCAGGGCCAAAUGGAGACUCUGGAGAAGUUGAGGGGUGUUAAGGAGGAGGUCCACGAUGAAGAUGACGAAUUCAUAGCAGAGGUGUGCUCUGUGCCACUGUCGGGUAAAGAUUUGGAAAAGCAGACGGAGAAGGAGCUGGAAAAGUGGAGGAAAGAAAAACCAUCGUCCACGUUUGACCCCAGAGGUCGCUGCCAUGGAUACCAGAAGGCGUGGGCUAGAGCUCGGCAGCAUGAAAUUGAGAAGGAGAGGAAAGAGAGACAGAAAGGGAACCUCUCUGUCCCACUAACUCGCUCAGCCUCCUCUCUCUCACUGUCUCCUUCCCUCCUUCACAAGAAGUGGAGGAAAGUGGGAAAAGGGAACACAGUUGACUCUGAAGGCAGUAACAAAGUAGUGAGGCAUCUUUCAAUGGGUGGAAGGGAGGACUGGAAAAGCUGGAAUGAGUUUGACUUUAAGAAGGUACAAGGAGUCAAAGAGGAGGAGGAUGUAGUUUCAGAGGGACAAAAAGAGGGACAAACUGAACAGAAGGAAAUUUCACAGACACCUGACAAGAUUCAAGAAAUCAAAAAUAUCCAAACAGAAGAAACAGCAGCGGGAAAAGAACAGACUGAAAACACGGAAAAAGGAGUUGCUGAAAUUGAGGAAAGCAGUGUCAAAGAGACAGAAACAGGUGAUGUUAGAGAGAUGGAGAAAAGUGUUGUCACAGAGACAAGUGUUGUCAGGGAGACAGAGACAAGUGUUGUCAGGGAGACAGAGACAAGUGAUGUCAGGGAGACAGAGACAAGUGAUGUCAGGGAGACAGAGACAAGUGUUGUCAGGGAGACAGAGACAAGUGUUGUCAGGGAGACAGAGACAAGUGAUGUCAGGGAGACAGAGACAAGUGAUGUCAGGGAGACAGAAACAAGUGAUGUCAGGGAGACAGAGACAAGUGAUGUCAGGGAGACGGAGAUGAGUGUUGCCACAGAGACAAGUGUUGUCCGGGAGACGGAGACAAGUGUUGUCGGGGAGACGGAGACAAGUGAUGUCAGGGAGACAGAGACAAGUGAUGUCGGGGAGACGGAGACAAGUGUUGUCGGGGAGACGGAGACAAGUGUUGUCAAGGAGAUGGAGACAAGUGUUGUCAGGGAGACAGAGAAAAGUGAUGUCAGGAAGACGGAGACAAGUGAUGUCAGGGAGACGGAGACAAGUGAUGUCAGGGAGACGGAGACAAGUGAUGUCAGGGAGACGGAGACAAGUGAUGUCAGGGAGACAGGGGAACGCAAACUCAGUGAUAUGGAUGAAACCAAGCUGACUGAGAUAAAUGAAAGCAAAAUGCUUUCAGAACAAGAAGAAAAGAUUGCCCCAAAUCAGACUGUUGAAAAUAUUCUUCAUCCCCCUGAUUAUGCACCUCACUGUGAACAAGAAGAAAAGCUGGACGCAGAGAGUGAAUCACAAGUGCUAGAAGAACAAAGUCAUAAAAGCAAAGACCAGGAAGUAGAGCUCAAAGACACAAAUGAAGAGGCAGAGAAACACGUGGUUGCUGUGGAGGAAAACCACAGUGAGACACCGAGAAUAGCCGAAGCACAUACAAACACAGAGGACGAGAUGCAAAUAGGUGUAAACGCAGGCGAGGAGCAGAGGAUACAAGCUGACGUGAAAUCAGAAGAGAGUGCUGACACUGAAAGUGUGCAACAGGUGGAGAUGAACGCAGACGUUACGGAGUCUAAAAGUGAGACAAGUGUGGACACAGACAGAGGUGUUGAAGCUUUAACUGUUGAUGAUCAGAAUAGUGCAGCAGAGGCAGAAUCACGACAGGAAAAGGAAGAGCUGAUCAAGGAGACAGAAAAAGGUGCACUUGAAGUAAAAUACCACAGUACUGAGUCAUUAGUACAAACAGAAAAGGAAGCAGAGUCCCACACCCAAAGAGACACAGAAAAUGAGGUUCUGACACAUAAUCAGGAAAAUUCAGCCACACAGUGCGAUAUAAAGGUAGAAAUUAAAGAAGUCGAUUCAGAACAACAAGUAGAUUCAAAGACAGAAAUGGAGCUAGAAGAAGAAAUAUUAAUGCUGUCUUCAUCUGAAUGCACUCAACAAAAAGAAAGCACUGGUGGAGUAGAUGAUCCAGAGACUAAAGCUGAGAUAACAGUAGGAAAAGACACAGUGGAGGCGUCAAAUAAGGCAACAGAAGAAAUGAUUUUGAAUGUACACUCGGAGGCACAGGUUGAAAGUGAUUCAUGCAUCUAUACUCAAAAAAUCACAGAGGAAACACCAACAGAAACUCAGACUUAUGAGAAGCCUGCAGACUCUGCAACACCCAUGGAAACGGAAGAGUCUGCAGCACCAGCUGAUCAGCUCAACCACACCAGUGAGCCUGAUGAGGAGAGUUCAGUACAAAUUAGUACCUCUGAGACAAAAGCACCUGAAGAGACAACAAGCCAGGUUACUGUGGAUGCUGAAGACUCAAAUCAAAAGGUUCAACAAGUGGAGCCCACGCAGGAGGAAGAAAUUACUGAAAAGAUUAAACAAACUCCAGCAGGAGAGGACGAUGUCUUCAUUUCUUCUGAGCCAACAAAUGUUCCCCAAGUCCAAUGUUUUCAAUCUGCAAAAGAGCCCCCGGUACAAACCCCUGAGCGUCGCAGCAGUCGAUCAUCCGCUGAUUUCUGCGUUCGCAAGUCAUCCACCUCACGUAGCUCCAGGCUAGCCCGCAGGCUUUCCGAGGAUCUCUUCACCACCCCCCAGAAAACUUCAGAAAAUCAACCAGAAGCCAAACUCACAGAGUCACAGUGCAAUCCUAAAGCUGUGACCUCAAAACAAGCUGCUCCUGAUCUGCUGCCGCCUGCAGCAGCAGCAGCAGCAGCAGCAACAACAACAGAGGAAGCCCCCACACAGCAGCAGCCACAGCCCGACACCCCUAAACGUUUUGGUCUCUUCCGCAGACUGAGAGGUGAGCAUCACAAAGACAACAAGGAUAAGAAGGCACCCAAAAUGCAAGUGCCGAAAAUCUUGAUUCAAGACUUCAGUGAUAUGCCAGGGACUGGGAAUGCAGCUGAGGAAGAGGCGGAGGACAAACUGAACUCCAAGGAGAGGAGGCGGCGGCGGAGGGAACAAGAAAGAAAGGAGAAGGAAGAGGAGAGGUUGAAAAAGAAGAAAGAGAAGGAGCUGGAGAAGGGGAAGGAAAAGGAGAGGAGGAAACCACAGACGAGAGGGAAAAGUUUUCAGGUGCAAAAAGAGAAACGUAGUGACGACGCUGCUCAUCCUGCAAAGACUGACUCACAGACAAUUCACAGACAUUCUGCUGGUUAUGCCGAGGCUUAUUUUUGACAUUACUCAGAUUCUGCAUCACUGCCUUUCUCUCUUUGAGCUCCACAUUGGUGGAUAUGUGGAAUUCCCUCAUCCUAAAUAUUUCUCAUACUUGAACUUUUCGACAUGUAAAUAAAU